AGAUUCAAAAAUUUUUAACCCAUUGGUUUGUCUAAAAUGAGAGCACAUUGACGGCAUAUACAUCAUUUUUACAAAUGGAUGACUACGCAGAUAUGAAAGUGACCAUCUACCAGGAAAAUGGAAGUGACUUCGACGUUACAAAUUCCAGUGGAUACCCGGAUUACGACAGAGACGAGUCUUUCAGUCUCUAUUUCUUGGAGGAACUGAUUCCUGUAGCUCUAGUAUAUGGUAUCACGCUUGUCGUUGGACUCAUCGGAAAUGUUCUCAUUAUCUACACAGUUAUGAGUUUCAGAAGAAUGCGGACCAUCAGCAACGUAUUUCUUGCAUCCCUUGCCACUGCUGAUUUACUCGUGGUUCUUAUUUGUGUACCUGUAAAAUUUGGUCAGCUGUUUUCUUAUUCAUGGACUUUAGGCGAGUUUUGCUGCAAGUUCGUCCACUACGUCCAGAACGUUUCAGCCAUAUGUUCUGUACUCACUCUCACAUCUAUGAGCGUUGAACGAUAUUACGCCAUCAUGCAUCCAGUGAAGUCUCGUUACCAGUGCACAAUGAGCCAAGCACGGCGAGUUAUUCUCAUCAUAUGGUUCCUGUCCUUCAUUACGGCCAUUCCCAUUGUGUUUGCACAGGUGAGUAGGUGUCUUAUCUUAACUGCUAUCAAAUUACUAACUUGUUCUGCAAAUUAUUAUUACUUGAUUUAGCACUACUAGUUGUUUGAUAAUUCGUAGUUACUAAUGCAAAUAAUUAUAUUUUAUACAUUAUGUAUGUAUAUAUAUAUAGAGAGAGAGAGAUGUGUGUGUGUGCACAAUAAGAUUAAGGGUUAAUUUUGCUUAUUGAAGACUAAUGA